UGAACAGGGAAGUAGAGCGUGGAACACAGAGGAACAGUUAAACUGUUUACAUUACUAGACAGUUAUUGUAAUCAUAUGAAAACAUUUUGACGGCUCAUUUAUCAAGACAGAAUGGCUACUACUAUCAGCACACAAAGGGGACAGGUCUACAUAGGGGAGUUACCCCAGGAUUUUUUGCGGAUCACCCCCACACAGCAGCAGCAGCAAGUCCAGCUGGAUGCACAGGCAGCCCAGCAGCUACAGUACGGAGGCUCUUUGGGCACAGUGGGCCGACUCAGCAUCACAGUGGUACAGGCAAAGCUUGCAAAGAACUAUGGCAUGACACGCAUGGACCCAUACUGCAGGAUCAGGCUCGGGUACGCUGUCUAUGAGACCCCAACAGCUCACAACGGUGCAAAAAACCCACGCUGGAACAAAGUCAUCCAGUGCACUGUUCCCCCAGGGGUGGAUUCAUUCUACCUGGAGAUAUUUGAUGAGAGGGCAUUUUCUAUGGAUGACCGUAUUGCAUGGACACACGUGACCAUCCCAGAAGGCCUACGAGAGGGUCGUGUCGUGGACGAGUGGUACAGUCUUAGUGGUCGACAGGGUGAUGACAAAGAGGGCAUGAUCAACCUUGUCAUGUCCUUCGCUUCCAUGCCAGCAGGAAUGAUGAUGCCAUCUCAGCCUGUGGUUCUCAUGCCCACAGUGUACCAGCAAGGUGUGGGCUAUGUACCCAUUGCAGGUAUGCCUGCUGUCUAUAACCAGGGUGUCGUGCCGGUGGGAAUGCCAUCUGUGCCCACGUCCACUGCCCAGGGUGCCCCUUGCAGUGAGGAGGACCUGAAAGCGCUACACGACAUGUUCCCCAACCUAGACCGUGAAGUGAUCCGCACCGUGCUGGAGGCCCAGCAGGGUAACAAGGACGCUGCCAUCAACUCACUGCUACAGAUGGCUGAAGAGCUGUAACCACGGAACCACAACAGAGCUGUUGGAGCAGGCAUGGAGGCCCAGAACACUGUCUUUUCCACUGGACCAACAGUUCAGCUGUAAAUAUGCUCACUUAGGGCUUUAAGCCCUCAACAGUUAGGUUGCAGUCAUACAAAAUGCAAUUGUGUCCUUAUCAUAACUGUCUUUGCUUGUUCUCUGUGCUGGAUGACUUGCAUAGUAAGCAGUUUUGUAUUCAUCUGCUUGUGAGAAUGGCAAAAUGUCUCUCUCAAAAAUACAGACAUUCCCCCUCAGUGGUAAGAUGUUAUACAAUGUUGUUUCCCCAAUGAUAGUAGAAUUUGGAUUGAUUAGCCAUCAGGAGAUGUAAAACCCAUCCAUUCACUAGUGUAACAGUUUGGCCUAUUUUUUUUCCUGCAAAGAAAUACUAAAUAUGGCAGAAUUUUCAGUUUAGAGAUGCGUGAUCUGCCUGUACUUUAUAUACACUAUCAUGUGAACUGUCUUAAUUGUGUGAUUGAUAUAUGCCCUUAUCUGUAUAAAUAUAGCUCUGCAUAUGUAAAGGAUCGUAAUUUAUUAAAAGGAUGUUAAGAGAUGUUUAAAUAUUGUAUGUUUUCAAAGGGGAAUAUAUAGGUUCUGGGAGAAGUGCAAAUCAAAGCCAAUAUAGUCAUUGAUUCAGGAUGAGAGUUUAAGCUCUUGCAGGUGUAUUAGUAUUGCCAUCUUUAUGUGUUUUAUGCAGCGCUUAUUGCCUCUGAAUGUACUUUGGAAUUGAGGUUUCCAAUGUUCCAAACACGCCUGUUAAGAUUGUUUUAUAGUGAGGCUUAAAACUAAAGAGAGCUACACAGACACAUGCAAAACCUAGUGAGAGAAUUCCAGUCUGCCAAAGGUAAUAGUUUAAUAGUGGAUUUAUGUUAUGUAUUUUGAUUUGUUUUCAAAACAUGCAUUUUUUUUUGUUUGUUUGUUUUUUAUGGAUGUCGCCAGAGCUGUUUCCGUGUGUUAAAUUCAUUAUUAUAUGUGAUUUCAUAGUAGACUGCCAUAUUCAUCAGCUGCCAUGUACAUCAGAUUCAACAAUGGAUUGGUAAAUUACAGGAAAAGCUCAAAGAUGAUUUUUGCUAUAAACAACGAAUGUUUGCAGUAACAGAGGCCAAGGUAAUCUUUGCUAUUUUUUGUGUAAGACCAAUUUAAAUUAAAUA